UGAUAGAAGUCUUAUAAACGCUUGAAAGAAAGGGCACCACACAGAGUUUUUACAAAAUUUACAAAACUGCAUUACAGAUGGAACAUGAACAAUAUUUUCUAAUGAAAUAUUGUAUCUGAUAGAAUAAACAAGCUACAAAGAUCAAAUAAUAACGAUGGUUUGUCGAAAUAUUUUCAGUUCUGCUCGAAUUGUUGCACAAUCUUUGAACUCUUAUGCUAAUACCAAAUCUAGAGUGCUUUGGAAAGCAUCACAAUGUACAAAUAUGAUAUCACUGAAAACACCUAGUCCUAGAUAUUACACAUACAGUUUCCAUAGAAGUAUUAUGAAUACAAUAUCAAAGGGAGACAAUUCAAAAGUUGUCUGCCCUUGUCAAUGUCACAGAGGAAUGGCAACUAAGGGGAAACAAUCACCAAAGCAAGUAACAGCUUUAACAGUGACAAGACUUAAGAAGAAAAGAGUAAAAGAAGAGAAAGAAAAAGAGGGAUAUAUGAAAGUAUUUGCUUACCCUUUAACAGAGCGUGUCAUUGACCUUGAGAAUCUGAAGAGGAUCAUUGGAAGUCAAGCUGUGUAUAAAGUUACACAAGUAAUGGAUGACUCUGGACAGACUAUAGCUUCUCACAUGGCAAUGAAUGACAUGGAAGAUUUAUUGCAUCUUACAUCAAAGUAUGUGAUAGGAGAAGCUGAUCGUACAAAAGAAGUUUUUAUAUUCAGGUGUGUAUCUGACAAAAGAUAUUUUCAGAUUUACAUGCAUUAA